GCAGAAAGAAAAGUUGAGUAGCAGAGCGACAACCUCCAUACGAAGACGUUGAAGCCACUCAUACGUGGACAAAUAUAGGCAAAGAGCAGUAAGUCAAACCGGUGCAGCUCCUUCUCACCCGUGAUGACUAUUCCAAUUCAUAUUAGACGCAGCUCUGGGCAUUCAUUUGGCUAGUUACCUGCGCUCUAUGCUGUCGCAAACAAUAGACUACAACGGUAUCUGAAAUACAUGUUGUCCUUCGCGCAAAAUGGCUUCAAUGAAAUGGGUGGCUAACUCGAUUACAGCUUGAAGGAUCUUAUCAGGAAACUUACCUAGAUGGCCGCGACUCAACUUGAGCAAGCGCAACCUGCGCCAGCAAUAGGCAAUGGGUCGACAGGCAAUGGGGCAGCAGGCAAAACAAUAGAACAGUGUUCAAACGCCGGAUCCAAACGACCGCGGCACAAAAGACCCAAUUACAACGAGAUCCAUGCCAGACCACUUCCUCUUGAGGUCUUUCCUCUUCCAGCGUUCAUUCCCCACAACCCUCUCUCAAUUGUGCGGAUAGCCAUCGCCUUGGUCUCUCAAUCUAUAUGGCCACCAAACCAUCGGCCUGCUGUAUACACGGCCUAUUUCUCCUCUGAGACACAAUCUAUUCACGUGACCGACCCAAAGGCUAUUCGCGCUCUAUGGGAGCAGGGCUUCUGGGGUUCGGGCUCGCUCAGUCGCAGUGAGCCCCAAUGGUCAGCUCAAGAGAAGCGGAAGCGCGGUCUGGACGCGAUCACAACGAGUGAGGAAGUGACGCGCAAGAGACGAGAGGAGCGACGACAAUUUAAGCUUGAAAGGGCAAAGGCGCAAAGAGAAGCAAUUGAGCGACAGCUGCGUGAAGAGGGCAAGCUUGAUGCGGAUACUAAUCUCGAGGAGCUAGUGGAGAACGGAAGUGUGAGCGAGUCACCUCUGGGAACUUUGUACCCGCCUGAUGCUGGGGAACCUUUGGGUGUUAGCGCUGCAGCGAGUGGAGCUUCAACCAUUGAAGCAGUCAAGCAGACCCUGGCUGAAGAGGAGCCGUCUUUCGACACGGGACUUCCGGACCAGGAACAUCUGCAGCUCACGUUCGAAGAAGCCUUCUUCCUCAGCUACGUGCUUGGUGUUCUUGACAUCUACCACCGCGAGACGAUCCUCAGCUCACCAGACUUUCUUCGCCUCAUUUGUGCGCAUUCGGACUUCAUGUCAAGUGGUGAGCCUGUUUCCACCGCAGCUCUUCUCAAUAACCCGGCAUCGUACCCCAUCGAACCUGAUAACAGCUUCAUGUUGAAGUAUGUCGUCUUCCAUCACUUCCGAUCGCUUGGCUGGGUUGUCCGACCAGGGAUCAAAUUCGCGUGCGACUACCUACUUUACCUGCGCGGUCCCGCGUUUACCCACGCUGAGUUCGCCAUCAUGAUCAUUCCCGCUUAUUCCGAUCCAUACUGGUCUGCGACGUCGGAGCGAGUUGUGGCAUGCAAAAAGAAGGCGCAAAGAGAUUGGUGGUGGCUACACCGACUCAACCGGGUGCAGACGCAGGUUCACAAGACGCUGUUGCUGGUUUACGUGGAGGUGCCGCCGCCGUGGGAUGUCAGUAAUACUAAAAGUGGAGAUGUAAACGUGGGAGGUGCUUUGAACAAGUACCGCGUCAGAGAAUUUAUAUGGAGGAGAUGGAGCGCCAACCGGAAUAGGGACUGAGAAACUACUGGAUCAUCUUCUGUGGAAAUAGAAGGGACUGAACUGCUUCCAGGCAAGGUCGGGACGUUGAGUGAGGACCCCUGUUUCGUGGGGUGCAGCUCGAUACAGCCUGCAAUGUCAGAUUUCGAAAAGUGACCUCGCAUAUGCCAAGACAUCCCAACCAGCCACCCACGAUUCGCGGACCAAAGAGUAAGAGCAUUUUUGAGAUGUAGCUCCAGAAAAUCAUACACCCAAUACCCCACGCUCAUGUUUUGCC